AUGUGGGCGAUUUUUGGUGGGCACGAGGGAACCCCCCAUUUAGCCAUUCGAAACAAUUUUCUUCGUCGCUCUCUAACACUCCUCGCGCUGAAGACGACAGCGCGUUUCUUCCGACAUGAUGGCGUUUGUGUCCCCAUCUCCAAGAACAUCAUUGUCAAGACAGACCCAUUUGUCCAUCUCAGUGAGGCCACGACGAUGAAGUUCGUCGCUGCCAACACCUCAAUUCCCGUGCCGCGUGUGUACUGUUCAUUCGUUCAUCGGAACCGGGCCUACAUCGUCAUGGAGCGCAUUUCGGGGAUGUCAUUCCCAGCAGCAUCGAAAGCGUUGUCUGAUGCUGAUCUAGCGAAUAUAUUUGCACAACUCCGGCGCAUGAUCCAGGAACUGAGGGCGCUGCCACCCCCUCCAGGCGCUGGGGUUGGGAGCUGUAUCGGCGGCUCCUUGCGAGAUUCUCGAAUUCCGCGUUCCCGGCCCAGGUUUGGUCCUUUUGGAAGCAUCCAAGACUUUCAUAUCUGGCUUCGUGAUGAACUUCGGCUGGAAAGUCAUCCAGAGCGGGAAAAUGAUGGGGACUGGGAGGCAAUCAAGAAAAUGGUGGCUAAACAGGAUGGGUCGUGGCCGGCACCUGUCUUUACGCAUGGAGAUUUGAACCCCUCUAACAUCAUGAUCCGUGACGGCCAGGUCGUCGGCAUCGUCGACUGGGAAUUCGCUGGUUGGUACCCCUACUACUGGGAAUAUACUUCUGCAUGGUAUGGCAAUCUCACUCGACGAUGGUGGCAAAAUUCAAUCGCCCGGUUUCUUGACCCUAACCCCGAGGAGUUGGAAAUGGAAAUCACACGCCAAAAGUGGUGGGGGGAAACCUGA